ACACCGCUUGAAGCAAAGAUGAAGCCUUUCCUGAUUACAUUAGUCGUCUUAGCUGUCCUCUCCAAAGGUCGCUGCGAAGAAGCCGAAAAGAAAAAUGAAAAACGCGGUAUCAUCGAUAGCGGUUAUGGAGGUGGACUUGGAGGAGGACAUGGAGGAGGAGGUUUUGGAGGCGGAAGCGGUGGAUUAGGAGGCGGACAUGGAGGUGGUUUAGGAGGUGGUUUAGGAGGAGGUCUUGGAGGUGGAUUUGGAGGUGGAUUCGGUGGGGGUGCUGGAGGCGGAUUCGGAGGUGGAUUCGGUGGAGGAGCUGGAGGCGGAUUUGGAGGUGGUUUUGGCGGAGGAGCUGGAGGUGGAGGCGGAGGCGGAGGUGGUGCUACAGUCAGCACUGUAACCAGUACUGUUAAUGUACCAGUCCCAGUACCUCAACCAUACACUGUCACCCGCACAGUACCAGUCCCAGUCCAAGUUCCAGUUCAAGUAGCGGUCCCAAGACCCGUACAAGUACCAGUGCCAGUCCCACAACCUGUUGUUGUACCACGCCCUGUACCAGUUACCGUAACCAGAACUGUACAAGUUCCAGUACCACAACCUAUUCAAGUACCAGUCCAAGUUCCAGUUCAAGUACCUGUACCACAACCCUACCCAGUCACCGUUCCACAACCAGUCCCAGUUAGAGUACCAAACACCGUAGUUAUUCCAGUACCACAACCCAUCUUCGUUGGAGGAGGUGGUGGAGCUGGAGGCGGAGCUGGAGGUGGAUUCGGAGGUGGAGCUGGAGGUGGUUUCGGAGGUGGAGCUGGAGGCGGUUUCGGAGGUGGAUUCGGAGGAGGAUUCGGAGGAGGAUUAGGAGGUGGAUUAGGUGGAGGACAUGGAGGCGGAUUGGGAGGUGGAUUAGGGGGUGGAUUAGGAGGAGGACAUGGAGGACUUGGUGGAGGAUUUGGAGGAGGCCAUGGCGGAUCCGGGGGAGGAUUCGGAGGAGGUUCCAUUGGACAUGGUGGUGGAGCAUCCAGCUUCUCCAGCGUUUCCUUUGGAAAACACAUUACAAUCGUCGUCUUAGCUGUCCUUUCCAAAGGUCAUUGCGAAGAUGCCAAAAAGAAAAAUGAGAAACGUGGCAUCAUCGAUAGUGGAUACGGUGGAGGAUUUGGAGGAGGACUAGGAGGAGGACAUGGAGGAAGCUUUGGUGGUGGAAGCGGUGGAUUUGGAGGUGGACAUGGGGGUGGCUUGGGAGGAGGAUUUGGAGGCGGACACGGGGGUGGUUUAGGAGGUGGAAUUGGAGGAGGAUUCGGUGGUGGAUUUGGAGGAGGAGCUGGCGGUGGAUUUGGAGGAGGAGCGGGAGGUGGAUUCGGAGGCGGAGCUGGCGGUGGAUUUGGUGGUGGAGCUGGUGGUGGAUUCGGCGGAGGAGCUGGAGGUGGCGCUGGAGGUGGAGCUACCGUCAGCACUGUUACCAGCACCGUCAAUGUACCAGUACCAGUUCCCCAACCUUACACAGUCACCCGUACCGUACCAGUCCCUGUACAAGUUCCAGUUCAAGUAGCUGUUCCACGACCUGUGCAAGUACCAGUCCCAGUUCCACAACCCGUUGUUGUACCACGCCCAGUACCAGUCACCGUAACCAGAACUGUCCAAGUUCCAGUACCAACACCAGUUCAAGUACCAGUCCAAGUACCAGUUCAAGUACCUGUUCCACAACCUUACACAGUCACCGUUCCACAACCCGUCCCAGUUAGAGUACCAAACACCGUUGUUAUACCAGUACCACAACCGAUCUUCGUUGGAGGAGGUGGUGGAGCCGGAGGCGGAGCUGGAGGAGGUUUCGGAGGUGGAGCCGGAGGUGGUUUCGGAGGUGGAGCCGGCGGUGGUUUCGGAGGUGGUGCUGGAGGUGGUUUCGGAGGUGGAUUUGGAGGAGGAUUAGGUGGUGGAUUGGGAGGUGGUCAUGGAGGAUCAGGAGGUGGUUUAGGAGGAGGAUUUGGAGGUGGUCAUGGAGGAUUAGGAGGUGGACUUGGAGGUGGAUUAGGAGGUGGACAUGGAGGAUUAGGAGGAGGACUUGGAGGUGGAUUAGGUGGAGGACAUGGUGGAUUAGGAGGAGGAUUCGGAGGUGGUUCCAUCGGACAUGGAGGUGGAGCAUCCAGCUUUUCUAGCGUUUCGUUUGGAAAACACUAAGUUACUAAAUUAUUUAACCACCUUUAAAACCAAAAAUAAAAAUGAAUGUCUUGCUGUGAUAACUUUU